AUGGAGGACAACGGUCGGCUUGGAAACUACAUCCUCAGUCUGAUGCACUUUGUCCCAUCUAUAAUGUGUCGUCUAAUCCGAACUGACAUGACUGACUUAUCUUCAAAGAUUUACUGUGCAAUCGUCUUCCUCUCAUUUUGCAAGACGAAUACGUACUCUUUUGUCUCGCAUAUGUGUACUGCAAGUAUGAGGAUUUCUACAGAUACGGAAUAUUCAUCGACGCCGGCACUCUCAGAUGAAUCAAUGUCGAUUUUUGAGGAGAUAAAGAACCGUCUAUCCAACUUGGAACGCAGAUUGCGAGCUGUCGAGCAUCCUGUUUGGCAGAUCAGCCUAAAAGAGGAGGACUGGGAGAUCUGUGCUGAAGGGCCAUGCAAAUGCGUACCGGAAAUAAAAUCGGUGUCUUGUUGGAGAUACAAUCUACUGGAUUUACCCUCGAAGCAAUUGGUCCCUGCCGACGUAUUGAGAUUGGAUCUUGGGAGUAAUCGACUCAGCGCUCUGCACAGAGAUACAUUUAAGAAUAUGACGCAGUUACACCAUUUAGAUUUGAGCAAUAAUUUAGUAGAGCAUUUGGCGGCAAGCUUGUUCUUGCCGUUGCAUGGAAUUGCAAAUGUCAGAUUGAGUAAUAACCUUUUGAAAGAAAUGCAACGUAAUCAAUUCUACGAACUAAGAAAUCUCCGAAUACUCGAUCUGUCAUCAAAUAAACUCCGUACUUUGCCAGAAAAUCUUUUCUUAAGUAAUGGCCAUUUAGUUUUGCUGGAUCUCUCCUCCAAUCGCAUUUCGUUGUUACCUCCUGGUGCAUUUCAUGGCCUCGGAAAUCUUGACGAAUUGUUGCUGAGUGAAAACCGAUUAGCUGAAUUACCCGUUUCAAUUUUUCGAGACACUAUCAAUCUUAGACGCCUUGCACUUGAUGAAAAUCGUUUAAAAAAGCUUCCUAACGGUAUAUUCAAAGAUCUGACGUCUCUCAAAGAAUUGAAUAUGCGGAACAAUCGACUGACUGAAUUGACCAAGGGAUUAUUGUUGACUCUGGCACGAUUAGAAAUUCUGGAAAUAUCGAGCAAUAGAAUAUCUCGUAUUGAUACAAAAGCAUUACACGGUAUGCCAACACUUCGAGAACUUCGACUAGGACAUAAUCAUAUAAAAUAUUUGCCACCUGGAUUAUUUAAUAAUUCUAUAUCUUUGCAACGUCUUAUUCUCUAUGGCAAUCGUAUAGAAAUUUUAGUAAGAGGUGUUUUUCGCGGCUUGUUCAAUCUUACUUCUCUUUUUUUGCAAUCCAAUCGACUAAAGAUACUACAAUCAGGAGUUUUUGAAGACACGCCAAAUUUACGAAAACUACAACUGGAAUCGAAUGACCUCUCCUUCUUGCCAGCUGGUAGUAUGGACGCCAUAUCUACAAUUCAGCAAGUACGUCUGAGUCAGAAUCCCUGGCAUUGCGAUUGUCGUGCUUCUUAUGUUGCUUCUUGGCUGCGCAAAAGAUUCGCCAGCUUUGCGAAUCUGACCAAUCCGUUGCAGAUACAGCGCGUUUUAAUUAUGACAGGUAACUGGAGUAUCUGGGAAUUUGGGGCUGGUGCAACAUGCAGGGGUCCAGGUAUACUAGGCGGUCAGUCACUACUGCGUCUGACUUUUCAUGAACUCUGCGAAGGUCAGUGGGCCUCUAUGAAAGGUAUUAUCCCACGCUUACCCCUCGACGUUAUAGCGCCGUCUAUCACGUCACAAGCAGCCAGAAAAGACACAAUAUUGGUAUAAAUUAAUGGUGUGAAAGACGUGAAGUUUAAACCUCUGAAUUUCCUAUAGAGAAUGGAAUAUUGCAC